AUGCUUGACGGAAUCGAAGCUGUAUUUUUCGAUAUGGAUGGUACUAUUCUAAAUUCAUUGAUGUUGCCACCAAUGGUUGAUAAAAAGUUCUUUGCUGCACAUGGUCUUGAAGUUCCAAAAGAUUUAACCGCAAAAUUUUAUAGCAUGAGCUUUACUCAAUCAAUGGAACUCUUUCAAUCUCUUGGAUGUAAGGGAACAGUUAAGGAACUUUAUGACCAAUGGAUCUCAUUGGCCCAUAAAUUAUAUACAGAAGAUGCUGAAGUAAAGCCAGGUGCUGUUGAUUUGAUGAAAUUAUUGCGUGAAAGGAAUAUUAAAACAGCUAUUUGUACAAGUAAUGCUCGUGAACUCGGAGAAGCGAUCGUUAAAUCAAAGAACUUAAGCGAAUAUAUUGAUACAGUUUUUACUUCUUGCGAAGUAGAAAAGGCUAAACCAGCCCCUGAUGUUUAUUUAAAGGCAGCAUCUUAUUUCAAUGUUGAUCCAGCCAAGUGCUUGGUCUUCGAAGAUUCAGUUUCUGGCAUAAAAUCUGGUCUUAGUGCUGGAAUGCAUGUUUGCGCUAUCUAUGAUACUUUUUCUGCAAAACAUGAUCAAGAAAAGAGACAAUUAGCUCACUACUAUAUCCAAGAUUUUACCCAUGUUCUUGAUGGAACAUACGAGAAAUUGAAAUGA